UGUGCAGCGCUGCUUAAAAUCGAACUCGCUUUUACUAUCUAUUAUCAUUCAACGACUUUGACCAAAUUGCAAACGUUAAGAGACACAGAUUCAACCAUUUCAUUUUAAUGAGUCGAUUUGUGAAAGUUUAAGGCAGAUAUAAAGGCAGUAGUGUCGGUGUUUGAGUUUCACUUUCGAUUUGAAGAAAAAUCGUCAUUUCUUCUCCGGAGCGUCAGGAUGGAGAUCUGCGGUCUUCUAACUGCGAAAAAUGAGUCAGUGCCUCUGAAGAGCAUCUCGGUGCAGGUUCGGGUUCAGGAUCAUGUAGCCACAGUCUCCUCCACUCUGCAGUAUGUGAAUGAGGAAGAGCGCCCCCUGGAGGCCUUGUUCGUCUUCCCUCUGCCUGCUGAUGCUGCUGUCUGCCACUUCAGUGCCAAGAUCGGAGAGCAGGAGAUUGUGGCAGAGGUGCAGGACAGAGAAAGUGCGAGGGAUCAGUAUGAUGACGCUGUGAGUUCGGGUCAGCAGGCGUUUCUGUUGGAAGAGAGCCCAGAGAGUCCUGAUGUGUUCAGACUGAGUGUGGGGUGUCUGUCGGCGGGUCAGAACGCUGCUGUCACCAUCAUCUACAUCACUGAGCUCGCUGUGCAGGCCGACCACUCGCUGCGCUUCUGUCUGCCGGCUGUACUCAACCCCCGAUACACACCAGCAGGUUCAGGUGCUGGUAUCGUCUCAGAGAUUUCAUCAGGAUGUGGAGCUGUUCCCUACACGCUGAUUCUCAGUGUCCAUGUGAGCUCUCCAAAGCCCAUCUCCAAACUAGAGUCCAACUGCUCUCUGGAUCCUCUAGUGUUCCUGCAGUCUGAUCACACUCAGGCCACGGUGAAUCUGAGUCCUGGUCACAUGUUUGAUAAGGACUUUGAGCUGUUUGUGUUCUAUCAGGAUACCCAUCAGCCCUCUGCUAUAGUGGAGGCAGGAGUGACCACUGCCCCGCCAGGCUCUCUGAUGAGGGACCCAGUGGUCAUGAUAAGUUUGUACCCAGAGUUCCCAGAGGAAGUGAUGUCAUCACUGGCAACUCAAGGGGAGUUUGUUUUUGUGAUUGAUAGAUCAGGCAGUAUGGGCAGCAUGAUGCAUCAUGGGACAGGAGCAAAGAUGCGCAUUGAAAGUGCAAAAGACACUCUGCUGUUACUGUUGAAGAGUCUGCCCAUGGGAUGCUACUUCAAUAUCUAUGGAUUUGGCUCUGAUUUUGAGUCCUUCUUCCCUCAGAGUGUCGUGUAUAAUCAGGAAACAAUGGAUCAGGCUCUGAAGAGAGUGAAGGAAAUGAAAUCAGACAUGGGCGGCACAGAGAUUUUACAGCCUUUAAAACACAUCUACAGUCAGCGCUGUCACCCCGAUCACCCCAGACAGCUGUUCGUCUUCACAGAUGGAGAGGUGGGAAACACUAAAGAGGUGCUGGACCUGGUGAAAAGUCACGCUCACUCUCACAGGUGUUUCUCGUUCGGGAUUGGUGAGGGUGCGAGUGCCGCCCUCAUCACAGGAAUGGCCAGAGAGGGAUCUGGUCACGCUCAGUUCAUCACAGACACAGACCGCAUGCAGCCCAAAGUGAUGCAGUCGCUCAGGUUUGCGCUGCAGCCCGCUGUGGUUAAUAUCUCUGUGGAUUGGACCCUUCCAGAUGGUCUUACUGUUGACACACUGUCUCCUCCCAUCAAUGUGCUCUUCCAGGGUCAAAGGACACUCAUUUAUGCCCAACUGAAAGGAGAGAGUUCAGGAGGCUCUGAGGGAACAGUGACUGUCAAAUACAGCCUUAAAGAUCAACCAGUAACAAACCAGCUCCACUUCUGGCUCAAACCAACUGAGGAAACUGGGCUGUCCAUCCACCGGCUGGCGGCUCGGACCCUGAUGCGUUCUCUGGAGCAGGAGGAGAGGUCAGGUGCUGCAGAUGUUGAGGGCAUCAGGAGCAGGAUGGUGGAGCUCAGUGUUCAGGCAGGAGUGAGCAGUGUUCAUACAGCCUUCAUUGCUGUUAAUAAAGACAGCAGACAGACUGUGAAAGGACCUCUACAGCAGAGAAGAGUGUCAGCGUAUGAUUUGUCUUUUGUAAUUGCCGUGAUGCAAGCAAAUUGUGGUUAUGCAGAGGAACAAUCGUUUCGAUGCUCAAAGAAGAAGACCCUGAGAACCUUCACAGAGCGAGCUUUCUUAAAAAUGUCUAACUGGGUACCAGAACAGAUCCAGAAUUUCUUCCGCAGUGGUUCUGCGACUGCGUCGUAUGAUCAGACAGACUCCGAAAGCAAGAAUGAUCCUGCUCCUGAGCCCCAGAAGGAUCUGUUACUGCAGCUGGUUUCUCUCCAAAAGGCGUCCGGCUGCUGGGAUCUGGACGCCACACUGGCCGAUGUGUUUGGGAAGACAGAGGAUGAGCUGACCAAUCAGAAACCAGCACAGGUGGAUGGGUCAGUAUGGGCCACUCUCCUGGCUCUGAUCUGGUUAUACAGCUGUAAAAUAGAGCAGCAGGUGGAGUGGCAGUUUGUGGCCAUGAAGGCAGCGUCAUGGAUCGGCUCUCAGAAAGUGGGUGAUCUGUCUCAGUGUGUGUGUGUGGGCAAUGUCCUGCUCGGAUGUCAGGUGACCAAAGAGACUCUGGGAAUCUGAAGACGUCUGUGUUUCUACAUCCUGUGCCAUUUAACUGCAAAUCAGAUUUGUAUAUGUAUGCAUAUAUAUCAGACAUAUUCAAAUGGCCGAUUGCUUGGUUCCAACCAGACUGUGAGACAAUGUAUGCACCAUUUCUAGACAAAGUAA